AUGCGUCCACGUGACGUUCCGAAUGAAACACAAAUUUCGAUCAGUAAGUCUUAUUCUCUUUCAGCAACAACGUGCCAAACUGCGCUAAAAUUGAGGUGGCAACAAGUUCUGGCUGGACGGAGAGUACACUUCCAUCGAGCACCUCACUUACGACGCUUCUGUUUGGCUCUGGAAAAACUGCAAUUCUUCUGAAACUUCAAUUCGACUUCCUGACCGAUUUCAUCAAUUGAGUGAGUUUUUAUCAAAAUUUACAAGAAAAAAAGUUGAAAAUGCUUCAGCAUUAGACGAUUCUAUGCUUUUUUCUUUUAGUCAAACCUUAUCUGACGGCGUACAGGCAAUUGGGCCAAAAAAUAAUGGAUAAGACAAGAGGGAAUCGCGAAGAUCAUUCGAAUCACAAACGGAAAGCUUUCCAAACAGCCACAAUAAACUAUCUCUGGCGGGAAGUGAACAAGUCUUAUGGGCUUGCCGAUUGUGAAUUCAGUAAGCAACCCACGAGUCAGUUCCACUUUCCAAAUACUCUUUCAGGUCCAUUAAACAUCUACGAUCCACAAACCUAUGAGAUUCUCAAAGACGCAAACCGUAUGGACAUUCCUCUAUCUCUCCUGUCCGUCUACCGGGAUAUCGUUCAGAAAUACAUUGGUGCAAGAGAAAAGUUCACAGCCCAAGACAUGAGAAAAGUCUACGAAGUGUGCGGAUUAAGUGUGUUCUAAGUAUUCAAAUAACACUCUCAAAUGUGCAACUUUUCCAGUCAUGGCGAACGUUUCUCAAUUCGAGAGAAUCAUUUGCGCAGGCCGCGACGCGCUCCAAAACCUGUUGGUCACUCAUGGAUGUGUCUACAAUAUCAGCGAGCAACACGUCUUUGGCCGUCGCCUGUUCCACAAUCUUCUCGAGUUGAUCAUAACGCACGAAAACAGAGGAAUGCCAAAUUCUGACGAAGAUUCGACAACCUCUAACCCACCCCUCCAGGUGUCGAACACUCGUUAUUUCCCCCGCCAAUUUCACUAA